AUGCUCAUAUACAUAAGUGUCAUCAAGGAAAUCGAGAGAAUCAAUGCUCAAGAGCUCUUUCGUGACUUGUCCGAAUCUUCUUCAUGGCACGCUCAUUAUCAAGACUCGGCAUAUGUGUACGCAGGCAACAUUCCAUACGAUCUGAAUGAAGGAGAUGUCAUUGCUGUCUUUUCGCAAUGGGGUGAGAUUGUCGACAUUCACCUUGUACGAGAUCGCCAAACUGGAAAAUCAAAGGGAUUUUGUUUCAUUGGUUAUGAAGAUCAGCGGUCUACUAUUCUUGCUGUCGAUAACUUUAAUGGACUCAAGAUAAUGGAACGCACAGUCAGAGUAGAUCACUGUGCAAAGUAUAAAGGAGAAGCCAAAAACAAGAAUGAAGAAGAUGAAGCCUUUGAAGAACGGCAACGAGUCAAGAGACGUGCUGUCGUACCUAUACAUUUACUUCCUCCUGAAGAUAGACCGCCAGAGGACCCAACCGCACGAGAACCAACUCCAGACUCUGACACAGCACGAGCACUAGGUCUUGACCCUGACGACCCCAUGCGUGAAUAUCUCUUGACAAAAGCUGCCAAGAAGGCUGCCAAAAAGGUCAAGAAGGAGAAAAAGUCUAAAAAGGACAAGAAACGUAAGCAUUCGAAAGACUCUGAUGACGAUGAUAACGAUAGUGAUCGAGAUUCACGACCUCGAAAAAUUGACGAUAUUAAACGAGAAGAUUCAAUCAAACGAGAAGAUGAAAUCAAGAGAAAAGAUGAUGAUUAUAGGAGAGAUAGAAGACGAGAAGAUGAUUACCGGGGAGAUAGGAGAAGAGAUGAGCCUAUACGAGAUAUCAAACGAGAAGACGAUUAUAGACAUGAUAGGAGACGAGAUGCACCUACACGAGAUAUCAAACGAGAAGAUGAUGAUUAUCACAUGGACGAUAGGAGUAGAGAUAUCAGGAGGGUCGGAAGAGAUAGAGAAAGUGAACCGUAUAAUUCUAGGUAUACGAUGCGUCCUGGUGAGGAGGACAGGUACAAACGUCGUCGUGAGGAUGAUCGUGAUGAUGAACAGAGGGAUAGGAGGAGAUGA